CGGGUUUUCUUCGCUUCUUCCAGAUUUCUUUUGGUCUCACUUCACCCAAAUAUCGACCAUGGCUGAUCAUUUUCUGGGCUUCGACCUGAGCACACAGCAACUCAAGGGCAUUGUUGUCGGUUCCGACUUGAAACUCAUCCACGAAGCCAAAGUCGAUUUCGAUGCCGAGCUCUCCAAAUAUGGCAUCGAGAAAGGCGUUCUCACUAACCCUGAGGAGGGUGAAGUCUUCGCGCCUGUCGCGCUGUUCCUCGAGGCCAUCGAUCUCGUCCUGCAAAGACUAAAGGACCAGGGUGCGGACUUCUCCAAGGUGCAGGGCAUAUCCGGCGCAGGCAUGCAGCAUGGCACUGUAUUCUGGAGUAAAGAUGCGGAGACGCUACUUGGGAACUUGGACGGCGGCAAGACAUUACUUGAGCAGUUGGAGGGCGGAGCAAAAGGAGAGAAAAAGGGCGCGUUCAGUCACCCUUUCAGUCCGAAUUGGCAGGAUGCGAGCACACAGAAGCAAUGUGAGGGCUUCAACAUUGCGCUCAAAGAUCCGAAGAGCCUGGCAGAGGCUACAGGGAGUAGCGCACAUCAUCGCUUCAGUGGCCCGCAAAUCCAGCGCUUCCAGGAGAAGCAUCCCGAAGCAUAUAAAGCCACCGCCCGCAUCUCCCUCGUAUCCUCGUUCCUCGCGUCCAUCUUCCUCGGCAAAGUGGCCCCAAUAGACAUCAGCGACGUGUGUGGGGCAGACUUGUGGGAUAUCAAGAGUGGCCGCUGGCACGAGGAUCUCCUCGCACUUGCCGCUGGAGGACGCUCAGGCGUCGAGGACCUCAAAGCCAAGCUGGGAGACGUACCAGAAGAUGGUGGUGCGAGCUUCGGUACCGUCUCACCGUACUUCAGCAAAAGAUAUGGCUUUCCAUCGUCGACGCAAAUCAUCGCUUUCACGGGCGACAACCCAUCGACUAUUCUUGCCCUGCCGCUUCGAUCCUCCGAUGCUAUUGUCUCCUUGGGCACAUCGACCACUUUCCUUAUGUCGACACCACACUACAAACCAGACCCAGCAUACCACUUCAUGAACCACCCCACAACAGCGGGCUUGUACAUGUUCAUGUUGUGCUACAAGAACGGCGGUCUAGCGCGUGAACAUAUCCGCGACGACAUCAACAACGUCUCUGGAACAUCCGCAUCCAAGACGUGGGAUCAAUUCAACGAGACAGCACUCAAUACACCCGCUCUCGGGCAAAAAGACACAACAGACCCAAUGCGUCUGGGCCUCUACUUCCCCCGCCCGGAAAUCGUACCCAACGUCAAAGCAGGCACAUGGCGCUACCUCUGGAAAAACGACACUCUCUCGCCCGUCUCCGAGGACAAAGAGUGGCCCACCCCACAAGCCGACGCCCGCGCAAUCCUCGAGUCCCAAUUUCUGUCUCUCCGCCUGCGUUCCCAUUCACUAGUCGAGCCACAAGGCUCACUCCCCGCCCAACCGCGUCGCAUAUACAUGGUCGGCGGCGGCGCUGUGAAUCCCGCCAUCGCCGACCUCGCCGGCCAAGUCCUCGGCGGGUCGGACGGCGUGUACAAGCUCGAGAUUGGCGGGAAUGCGUGCGCGUUGGGCGCCGCGUAUAAAGCGGCUUGGGGCGUGCAGCGGGGCUCUGGAGAGGCGUUUGAAGACUAUCUCGAGGCAAGGUGGCAUGAAGAGGGCUUUGUGCAGAAGAUUUGUCAGGGGUAUAGGGAGGGGGUUUGGGAGCGGUAUGGGGAAGCGCUUAAGGGGUUCCAUGAGGUGGAGAGGCGGGCUAUACAGGAGAAGGGGCAGUAGUUAUUCUAGUAGGCUUUUGAAGUCCUCAUGAGGUAUUGGACCUAAUCGUGUGUAUGUGAGGUUAUACAAUACUUUCCCUGAUACUCACUUAUCUAUGAGAAAAUAAUGCUUUCA